AAGAUAAUCGUCGGUAUGUUGUCGUUGUACUUGGUUUAAAAGCUUUGUUGAUACGAGAUCACAUGUUAUUUUUGCUAUCUGCUUGGGUUUUUUUUAGUAAGUAAAAUAAAUGGAUGAUGAAUCUGAGAAAAAAAACAACAACGAAACGCAAGGAGAACCAAUCAAAAGUACCAAUGGUUCAACAAUAUAAAAAACGUUAUGUGUCAAAAACAUCCCGCGUUCAGUGUCCGACAUGUUGUCAACAGUUCGCCAAACGUAGCUUGAGACGCCAUAUUGAAAGAUUCCAUAUAGAGAUAAUGGAUAGCGUAACACGUGGAAAUAUCACGUGUUUAGAUUGCAAUCAAAAAUUUUCACGUGAAAAGGCUUUGCGGGUGCACUUGAGUAAGCAUCAUAGCAUGACAUUUAAAGAAGAAAAAUUUUAUUUUGAUGAUUAUGAUGAAUUUAACGCUUGGAAAGCUGCAAUCGAGAAGAAAACGAAUAGCCAAUACUAUCAGUGGUCUGGUCCAAGUUAUAUCAAUUCUAAACGUCGGUGUCAAUAUAGUUGUAACCGCACCGGUUAUUUUAAAAGUCGGAAAACAGUUGCUGGCCGAAAGAGUAGAAGUUCAGGCAAGAUGGACAGACAUUGCACAAGCAACAUCGUAGUUGUUGAAGAAAGGGGGACUUUGCAAGUGACCUACAUUGGCACUCAUUAUGGACAUGAGGAUUCAAAAACAAAGAGUAAGUCGAAAAGAUCCAACAAGAAUUCAACUGCUCCAAUGGAGACACGAAAAAGAAAUGUUAUGGAGUAUGUUCCACGUGGAUCCAAAGGAGCAGUACAAGACAGAAUUGUGGCUGUGUUGCAGCGUUUAAUAAACAAUGUUAACGAAUGUGACUCCCCCCAACUUCUUGAAUCAUUCGAAAAGGUUGUAAGAGGAGCAGAAAUGACAUUUGAUAUGUUAUUAACUUGUUUAAAUUUCACUGCUAACCAAAAAGCAGGAAAUAGUAGCAGUGAAACAGAAGGGGAGGAGAGUGCAACUGUUCGAGAAAGACUUCAGAAUAUUUUAGAUGAUCUUCAUGCAAAUCAAUUGAUGUUUGGAAGUAUUUAAGACAAAGCAGCGGAAAAAAAUCAUACUGAGUAAAAGUCGUUUACACAUUGAGACUACACCUUGUAAGCAUAGUGUAUUUUGAGCCUCGCGUCGAUAUGCUUUUUCCAUCAGUUCAAACUCAUUUUAAAAUCUUCUCUUGUUACUUUUUACCUGCACAUUUUACCAAGUUUUUAUUCCAUUAUUUCUAAUGUUUUAUAUAUUUUUUUCAAGCUCAUCUGUCUUUCACACUUAGUUCAAUUACUGUCGCUUCUUUUUUUUAGUUUUUAGUACUUUUUUUAUGAGAAGAAUGUUUGUAAGAAACGCAAGACCCAAAUUAUUAAAAACAUAAAUAGGCUGUUGUUUUCACCUCAUAAGUCAUAUUUGCUUUUCUGUACUUUAAAUACGCUUCUGAUCGAGCCUUGAUGAUUUACUACUUUUAGUUUAGAUUGUAAAAUCGUGGAUAUCAUGAAGUGAACAUGAUAUAACGAAGCUUUUCGAUAUCCUUAAUACUAAAAUUUUCUUUCAAAAACGUUUAAAAAACUAGAAAAGACUUUUACCAAUGAUAAUUUUAAUGAAACAUGGUAUUUUUGUCUUUUCACGCUUUUGACGUUUAACCAUUCUGGCGAUAUAAUGAGAGAUAUGUGCGUCUUAGACCCAAACAGUCCCUAUAACCUCUACACCCAAAAGGGUUAGGAAAAAAUUAAGACACAAAGUGUAUUUUUUUUAUUAUAAAAAUGUGCCCCUCGUGUGUUGUAGAUGAGUCAAAAAGUGUAUAUAUUUACUAAUUAAUUUCCAUGAAAUAAAAUUUUAUCGAUGA